AAUUCAUUGAUUGUUAACAACUUUGCUCUCAUUUCUUCAUCGCAUCAAUUCUUCGCAAAACCUUUGAGAGUUUGCAUUUUAGUUUUUAAAACUGUACAAGACUUCCGUUCCAACACUAGGAUAAUGCCAGGAACCAGAGCUAGCACAAACAAAAAGACGCAGUUGACCAAGAAAAAUAAUUCAGUGUUUGUCUACAAUACCGAUCCAAAAUUUUUCCCGAAUACCAGAAGGAUGGACUACAGUUUCAUUUGCAGUCCGAAAAGAAAAACUGGAUUGCUCACAGUGACAAGCUGCAAAUGCGGCACGGACUGCACCACGGAGGAAUGUAGCAAUUUCGCAAAUCAUCGCGAAUGUCCCCGAGGAUGUUCAAAUUGCGAAAAUCAAAGAUUUCGCAAAAGACAGUUUUGCGGUGUUGAAACUUUCCUCACUGACAAUGGCAUAGGACAUGGGCUCAGAGCAACGGAAGAAAUUGCUACUGGCAAGUUAAUCCUUGAGUAUCGGGGAGAGGCGAUAACCAAGGCCGAGCACAAUAAACGCGUUAAGCGCUAUAAAAAAGAUGGAAUCAAGCACAGUUAUUCGUUUGAAGUGGGAAGAAAUUACUAUGUGGACCCGACACGCAAAGGGAAUUCGGCACGGUUCAUCAAUCAUUCCUGCAAUCCAAACGCUUUGGUAAAAGUGUGGACCGUGCCGGAUAGACCUAUGAAGUCUCUGGGAAUUUUUGCAUCGAAAGUCAUAAAACCAGGAGAAGAGAUCACUUUUGACUAUGGAACCUCCUUCAGAAAUGACCAACCAUGUCAAUGUGGGGAAGCAGCAUGUAGAGGUUGGAUUGGAAAACCAUCAACAUCUGAAGUUCCAAAGGAUGUGUCCAAAGAGCUUAAAAAGAGAGGAAGAAAACCGAAAAUGGAUCCCACAGCACCCAUAUCAACAACGAGCACAGGAGGUGGAGACAAGGGGAAAUUAAGUGGCACAAUUCCGGUGCCAAAAUCCAGGAGAGGAAGAAAAAGAAAGACCGAUGUCACAGCUCCUGUUCCACUAGCCACAAAAACCAAGAGACAUAGUCCCCCAGCCGAAAAUGAGUCAGAAGACAAAGAAAAUGUUAAACCACCAAGCGAAGAAGACAUUACCAACGCCAUGAAUAAUCUUUUAAAUAAGACAUACGAUAAUCAAAAUGGUGUGCUUGAUGAAUGCAGAAGCAUCAUGGGCAAUCUGGAGUGUAAAAGUUACGAACACAUGGUUCACAAACGAGUGCUUUUUCUACUAGAGAAAAAUAUGGGUCUAAACUCGAGACUGUAGCCACUCGUGGACUUUCAAACGGUUUACAUGCUUCACUACAGAACUGCCAAACUUGCCUUCACAAUCCUCAUCUUUGCCAUUUUAUCUUCAGCAUGAUCAGCAUGAUUUCUUGUUUUAAUUUCAUUUUCAUAAUAA